AUGAAAGAAAUAAGAGAUCAACUUCAAUUCAAUGGAAAACUUUCAAAAUCUAGUAUAUAUUCGAAUAUCAAGACAAUUAAUCCAGAGAUUCAUCGAUCUAUGGAUUCAUACCUUGAAGAUGCAGCAGCACAAGCCGAAUUUUCAAACAAAAAAUGGGUUUGGGUGAAAGAUGUGGAAAAAGCGUUUAUUAAAGGAUGGGUGGUCAAAGAAGAAGGGGAUUGCCUUCAUGUUAGGUGCUUGGACGAUUCAGAUCGUAUAGUCAAAAUCAAUGAUGUAGAUAGAGUAAAUCCUCCAAAAUUUGAUAAAGUUGAUGAUAUGGCGGAAUUAACCUACCUUAAUGAAGCAUCAGUUGUUAAUAAUUUGAAUCUAAGAUAUUCUAGCCGACUAAUAUAUACGUAUUCAGGACUAUUUUUAGUGGCAGUAAAUCCUUAUAAGCCACUUCCUAUUUACACAGAUGAUUAUAUUAAUAUGUAUCGAAAUAGUAAACGAUGUGAUUCUAAACCUCAUAUAUAUGCUAUUACUGAUCUUGCAUUCCAUAAUAUGCUUGAAAUGCGUGAAAACCAAUCUAUACUCAUAACUGGCGAAUCUGGAGCAGGGAAAACCGAAAAUACGAAAAAAGUUAUUCAGUAUUUAACAGCAGUAGCAACUUCACAAUCAAACAAACAUAAUUUAAAAAAUCUAGAACGGAAAAUUCUCCAAGCAAAUUAUAUUUUGGAAGCAUUUGGAAAUGCUCAAACUAUUCGAAAUAACAAUUCAUCACGUUUUGGAAAAUUUAUAAGAAUAGAAUUUAAUAGCAAAGGACAAAUAUCAGGUGCCAAUAUAGACUGGUAUCUUUUAGAAAAGUCUAGGGUAACUCAACAAAAUGCCUCUGAAAGAAAUUAUCAUAUAUUCUAUCAACUUCUUGCAGGCGCAUCUAAAGAAUUAAAAAAAAAACUAUUUCUCGAAAACUCGAUCAAUAAUUUCGUUUUUCUUAAAAAUGGUGCUAAAUCUAUAGAUGGUGUAGAUGACGCUUUUAAUUUUUCUCUUUUGAAGGCAAAAGAUGAACAAUAUAAUAUUCUUAAAUUAAUAGCAUCUAUUCUCCAUUUAGGAAAUCUUAAAGUUGUUUCAGAUAGAUCCGAACAAGCUAAACUUUUGAAUCUUGAUCAGGUAGAACGUUUAUGCUACUUACUUGGCAUACCUGUUUCAGAAUUUACAAAAGCCUUAUUAUGUCCAAAAGUAAAAGCAGGGAGAGAAUGGGUUGCAAAUGCAAGAUCAUCUCAACAAGUUAUAUAUUCUUUAGAAGCUUUGGCUAAGUCUCUUUACGAAAGAGCAUUUGGGAAUCUUGUUGAAAAAAUUAACAGUACAAUGGAUAAAAAUUCAACAAAAAUGCAUUUUAUAGGCGUACUUGAUAUCGCUGGAUUUGAAAUCUUUCAAGUAAAUAGUUUCGAGCAACUUUGUAUAAAUUACACAAAUGAAAAGUUGCAGCAAUUUUUUAACCAUCAUAUGUUUAUUUUAGAACAAGAAGAGUAUGCAAGGGAAAAUAUUGACUGGAAGUUUAUAGAUUUUGGCCACGAUUUACAACCAACUAUAGAUUUAAUCGAAAAGACAAACCCUAUUGGGGUAUUGUCUUGUUUAGAUGAAGAAUGCGUUAUUCCAAAAGGUACUGAUAAAACUUUUACAGAAAAGUUAGAUUAUAUAUGGAGAGAUAAAUCACCUAAAUAUAAACCGUCGAAAUUUUCAGGAGAAGCUUUUAUUUUAAAACAUUAUGCUGCAGAUGUUGAGUAUUCUACUACUGGUUGGCUUGAUAAAAACAAAGAUCCUUUAAAUGAAAAUAUUGCACGAAUUUUAGCAUAUUCUAACGACAAAUAUAUUGCAAAUUUAUUUUUGGAUUUUUCUGAAGAUAUAGAUCUAUCACCUAGAAAAACUAUAGUUAAAAAAGGUUUAUUUCGUACAGUUGCACAAAGACACAAAGAACAACUAGCAUCUUUGAUAAAACAACUUGAAUCUACUCAAGCCCAUUUUGUUCGUUGCAUUUUACCAAAUCAAUUUAAAAAACCUUUUAUUUUUAACUGUCCUCUUGUAUUAGAUCAGCUUCGAUGUAAUGGGGUUCUUGAAGGUAUUAGAAUUGCAAGAACAGGAUUUCCAAAUCGACUUUUGUUUUCUGAGUUCCGACAACGCUAUGGAGUUCUUACUCCUUGUCUUUCAAAUGAUUAUAUGGAUGGAAGGAAAACAGUCAAACUUAUGCUUGAAAAAUUAGAUAUAGAUAUAUCUAAUUACAAAAUUGGUCUUUCAAAAGUAUUUUUUAAAGCAGGAAUUCUCGCAGAACUUGAAGAUCGCAGAGAUUUCUGCUUGCAAAAUAUUUUUACCCAACUUCAAGCAAUUUCCAAAGGAUACAUUCAAAGAAAAAUAAUUUCUAAGAAAUUUUUUAGAUAUAAUGCAACAUGUAUUAUUCAAAAGAAUUUAAUGAUAUACUUAGAUUUAUGUCAAUCACCAUGGUGGAAGCUUUUUUUUAAAAUGAAACCUCUCUUAAAUGCUACAUUUAUAGAUGAUCAACUGCGUAAAAAGAAUGAAGAAAUCGAAAACCUUUCAAAAAUAAUUAAAAAUGAGGCUUUAACGAAAAAAAAACUUUUGUUAGAAAAACAAACAGCAGAAGAACAAAAACUAAAACUUGAAGAGACUCUUCAAAAUGAGCGUGCUCUUGCUCUUGACAAAGAAGAAAUACUAAAACGAACUCAAGAAAGAGAAGCUAAACUAUCUGAACAGCUAAGAGAUGCAAUCGAAGAUCUCGAUCGCCUUGAAGCUCAAUGUGAUGACUUGUUAGCAGUUAAAAAGAAAGUUGAUAUUCAAGCUGAAAAAUGGAGAAUUGAACUGCAAAACGGUAGUAUUUUAAUUUCAAAAUUAGAAGAAGAAAAACGUGAUUUAAUAAAUCAUAUACGAGACUUAGAAGCUAAAAAUAAUAUUCUUUCCGAAAAAUGUUUAUCUGCUAAUGAUGCUGAAAAAUAUGAAUCUCGUAUCAAAUGCUUAGAAACUUCUUUAUCAAAAAAAGAAUUAAAAAUUGCUCAAUUUAAUAAAAAAAUUGAAGAUGAAACUUUAAAAAUAGAGAUAUCUUUUAGAGAAAAACUUAAAAAUUAUGAAUUUCUUCAAGAACAAGAAAAAAAGUACAAAAAAGAAAAUGAAAAAUUAUCCAUUCAACUUAAUGAAAUGUCAACUAAUACUAUUAGUCUUGAAACAUUUAUACAGAAAAAGGAAUCUGAAGUAAUUCAUUUACGUAAUGAUAUUUCAGAAUUAAUUUCUGAAAAGGAUCAAUUAAAGCAAGAAUUAAUAGCAUCAUCUGUUAAAAAUGAUACAUUUAAAUCCGAAAUAAUAAAUCUUACUAAAGAAAUACAAGAAUUAAAAAUAGCAAAACAAAAAGCUGAAAAUGAUGCUAUUGAAACACAAAAUGUAUUGCAUAAAAAAAUGUCUCAAGAUGCAAAAGCUAAUGAUAUUAAAAAUAUGCUUGAACGACAACUUUUAGAGCUAAAAGAGGAGUUAGAGUCCGUACAUGAAGAACUUAAGCUUGAAAGACAAAGUAAUAUCGAUUAUAUAGAAAAAAGUAGUAGCGAAACUGCAAAAUUAAAACUUGACAAUCAAAAUCUUUUUAAAUAUAAAGAAAAAACAGAAGAAGAAUUUCAAAAAUUAAAACAAGAUUUCCAAAAGAUUUCAGAAGAAUAUUCAGAAUCUGAAAAAACUAAAAAAUCUAUUAUGAAUGAAGUAACUCUUCUUAGAAGGAGAGCACUUAAUGCUGAAUUAGCACAAGAUGAAAUUGAAAAAAAUAGAAUUAGUCUAAAUCAACAGCUUGCAGAUAUUACUUCAAAAGCUAACAUAGCUAUAAGCAAUCUUGAAGAUUCAAAUAAUGCAAAAACAAAACUCAUAUCAGAUAUUUCUCUUUUAAAAUUAAAAAUUGAAGACCUUGAAUCUGAAAAAACUAAUCUUCAAAGAUCUUUAAAGCAUUCUGAACAAGAGGUCCAAAAUCUUACUUCUCGUGUUGACAUUGAACAAAAAAAUAGACUUCAGGUAGAGAAAAAUUUAACAACAUCUAAUUCAGAACUUUUGAAACUUCAAACUCAUAUAGUAGAUAUAGUAAAUGAAAAACUUCAAGAUAUUAAAAAGGAAAAAAGUUCUAUUGAAUCAGAAAUUAAAUUAUGGAAAUCUAAGUAUGAAGAUAAUAUUGCUUUUACAGAGGAGUUGCAAAAACAAAAACAGAGAAUUACUAUGGAAGCAGAAGACCUUGAACAUGAAUUAGAACGAGAACAUCAAAUAUCCAAAUCUGCAGAAAAAAUGGUAGCCAAUUUAAAACUUCAAUUAAAUGAAACUAAAACUUCUCUUCAAACAGAAAAACAACAAUCUAUAAUUAACCAUAAUAAUUCUAUUAAAUUUCAAAAAAGAUUUCAAGAUGCACAUAAAGAAAUUUUGGAAUGUAGAAAACAGCUUUUAUCUUUUCAAGAAGCGUUGAGGUCUAAUAAAGUAAUAUCUCCUGAUCAUAAAUCCGAUAUUGAUACUCAAAAAUUAACUAAAUUAGCCAAACAGCUGGACAAAGUACAAAGCGCACUAAUAAUAUCAGAAGAAAGUAAAACUUUAAUUGAAAAGCAAUUUAAUGAAGCAAGAAAACAAUGGAAUAAUGAACUUUCUGCUCAAGAGGCAAAAUAUAUGGAGUCUCACCAAAAUUUAUUAGAUGAACUAUCGCAACCUAUUAUAAUACCCUCACAUCAGUCAACACUUUCAUCAUCAAUUUUUCAGAAAGAAACUAAGAAUAUUUUUACUUCAUCUAAAAUUGAAAAUACUAAAACAGAUAGAUUAAUUAAAGAAUAUGAAGCACAUGCUCAUACAAUUGAUGGAAAAGAAAACGAAGAACCUUUUUAUUUAGAUAGAAGAACAAUACAGGCCUUAGAAAGUGAAAUCGAGUCUCUUGAAACACGCUUAGAUAUGUCUGAAAAACAAAAAAAACAGUUAGAAACAAAAUUAGAAUUUUACCACUCAACUCAAUUAAAUGGUAGUUUAGACAUGAAGAGACUUAAAAGAGAAAAUGAUAGAUUACAUGAAUUAUUAAAUGAUAAUGCUGAUCAACUAAUUACUUUAGAAAAAAUACAAAAAAAUGGUAUAAUGACAAUCAAAGAUUUUCAAUCAAAAUCUUUAGAAGAGCUUGAAGAAAGUUUUAAUUCUAUUGCUGAGUCUAGAAAAUCUUUAUUGUUAGAGCAAAAAGAAACUUUAGUAGAACUAGAAUCUGCUCGUAAAGAAGUAGAGCAACUAAGGAAAUCUCAAUCAAAUUUACAACAUGAAUAUUAUCUUCUUCAAGAAAAACUUAAAGAAUAUGAGUUUUCAGAUGAAAAUGAGGAGCGUCUUGAACUUAUUCGUGAAUUAGCAGAGAUACAAAUGCGCUUUGAAAUAGAAAAUCAGCGUUCUACGGAACUUUCUGAAAGUCUAACAUUAUAUAAAAAUAGAGCUGAAGAAUACUUUAAUAAAUUAGAAACAGCUGAAAUAAAUGUAAUCAAAGCAUCUAGGUCGGAAACAUUUGCACGUAGUCAACUAAAAGAUGCAGAAGAAACUAUCUCUAAAAUGCUAGAAGAAAGAAAAGAAAUGGAAGAGCAUUUCCACUCAUUACAAAAACAGAUUCGAGAACUUGAAGCUAAAAUUGAAGAUAGUUCCGUUGAAAUAUUAGAAACAAAUAUGUCUCGACAAAGGGUAGAACAAGAACUUGAAAUUUAUAAAGGAAGAAGACAAAAAGAACUUGAAGAUAGAGAAUAUUUUUUAGAACAGACCCGUAAAAAAUAUCAACGAGAGCUUUCUGGUAUUUCUAAUGAGCUUCAAAUUGAAAGGGAAAACUCUAUACAAGUUCUCAGUGAAAAUAAACAACUCCGUGAAACUCUUGAAAAAUUACAAUUAAAUUGGGAUACAGAAGUAUUAAAUAAUUCUUCUUGGGAAAGAGAAAAAACUAGACUCGAAAGUUCUGUUCAGGAUUUGACAAAGGCAUAUCAAGAAGCUAUAGAUGCACAACAGGAGACUCAAGAACAAGUCAUUUCUCUUUUUUCACAAAUAAGAAGUAUGAGAAUUUCUAUGGAUGAAUUAGAAGUUGAAAAAAGUCAACUUCAAAAAGAUAAAAAGGCAUUAGAAUUAAAAAUAAAUGAAAUUUCAUCACAAUUGAAUGUUGCAGAAAGAAGCCAGGGAAUAUCAGAUAGAACCAAUUCUAUAAAAGAUGUUAACUUGUUAAAAGCAGCAAUUGCUGAAAAAGAAAAUAUAGUAAAUUUAGCAUUAGAAAAAAUGAAAAGGGCUGAAAAUUUAGCUCAUGAAGUUCAAAAGGAAAUAGCUAUCGAAAGAGAAACUAAUAUGAAACUAUAUGAGGAAAAAGCUCUAUUGGAGAAAGAGAAAAUGUCACUACAGAUAAAACUUGUAAAUAUGGAAACCAAGUUAUAUUCUUCAAAUGACGAAAAUGAAGAUUUUCUUUUAAAAAAAAUAAAAGAACUAGAGGAUGAAUUAUCUAAAAGGGACUUGAUGUUAAAUAAAGAAAAUAAAACAAUGCGUUUCAAUGAUCGCUCAAUUAAAGAUUUACAAUAUGAAUUAUCUCAACGCGAUAGAACCAAAGAGAGACUUGAAAAUGAAUUAAUUAAAAGUAAUGAAAAAAUUCAAAAACUAAAAAAAAUAGUAGACGAAUUACAAUCAUCAGAAUCCACAAGCCAGCUAGCCGCACGUCGUGCAGAACGAGAAGCUAGAGAUGAAAGAGAAAAGUCAUUAAGAUUAGAAAAAGAACUUGAAAAGGCAAAAUCAAGGAUUGAAACUGCAUCAAUAAUAAAUAAAAAUAACACCAUAAAGUCAUUAAAUAGCUUAAGUUCUAAAUCUAGUCCAUCUCGUUCUGAUACAAAUAAUACUCGUUCAACUGAAAGUAUUCUAUAA